AGGAGUCAGGAGACCUUGCACAUUCUCUACAUGCUUGACUCAGGGAUGAGCACCAGCAGAGUCAACGCAUACAGCAUAGUAUCCUCUGAGGAAGACGGGCUGAGGUUGACCACCAUGCCAGGAGUCAAUGGCUUUGGGAACGGUAAGAUCCACACCAGAAGGAAAUGCCGAAACAGGUUCGUGAAGAAGAAUGGCCAGUGCAAUGUCGAGUUCACCAACAUGGAUGACAAGCCUCAAAGAUACAUUGCUGACAUGUUCACGACAUGCGUCGACGUCCGCUGGAGGUACAUGUUGUUGCUCUUCUCCCUUGCCUUUCUGGUGUCCUGGUUAUUAUUUGGGCUGAUUUUCUGGCUCAUUGCACUUGUCCAUGGAGACCUAGAAAACCCAGCCGGGGAUGACAACUUCAAGCCUUGCGUUCUUCAUGUGAACGGCUUUGUGGCUGCUUUUCUGUUCUCCAUUGAAACCCAAACGACGAUCGGCUAUGGAUUCCGCUGCGUGACAGAGGAGUGCCCGCUAGCCGUCUUCAUGGUGGUGGUGCAAUCCAUUGUAGGGUGUAUAAUUGACUCCUUCAUGAUUGGGGCAAUCAUGGCAAAGAUGGCCAGGCCCAAGAAAAGGGCCCAAACGUUACUUUUCAGCCAUAACGCUGUCGUGGCCAUGAGAGAUGGGAAGCUCUGCCUGAUGUGGAGAGUUGGGAACCUUCGAAAAAGCCACAUUGUGGAAGCCCACGUGAGAGCUCAGUUAAUUAAGCCUCGAAUCACCGAGGAGGGGGAGUAUAUCCCCCUCGAUCAAAUAGACAUUGAUGUUGGGUUUGACAAAGGCUUGGACCGUAUUUUCUUGGUGUCACCAAUCACUAUUCUUCAUGAGAUCAAUGAGGAGAGCCCACUGUUUGGAAUUAGCCACCAGGACCUGGAAACAGAUGACUUUGAAAUUGUGGUGAUCCUUGAAGGGAUGGUAGAAGCCACAGCCAUGACGACACAAGCUCGGAGCUCCUACCUGGCCAGCGAGAUCCUGUGGGGCCACCGCUUUGAGCCCGUCCUGUUUGAAGAGAAAAACCAGUACAAAGUAGACUACUCGCACUUCCACAAAACCUACGAGGUGCCGUCAACUCCACGAUGCAGUGCUAAGGACCUAGUGGAGAACAAAUUUCUGCUCCCUAGCACCAACUCCUUCUGCUACGAGAAUGAACUUGCCUUCAUGAGCCGUGAUGAGGAGGAGGAGGAGGAAGAGGACGAUGACAGCAGGGGUCUGGAUGACCUGAACCCGGACAACAGGCAUGAAUUUGACAGGCUUCAGGCCACAAUAGCACUGGAUCAGAGGUCAUAUAGAAGGGAGUCCGAAAUAUGACCCAGGGCCCCUUUGCUAACUGUUCUGAGGUUAUUUUUCCUCUCAUCUCUUCCCCUGCCACCUGCUCAAAUUAUGCAGAACAAUGCAAGUGCCAUAGGAAUGCUUGAGAAAUUAGUAUCGUUUGUAGUUUUAAGUUUCAUUGCAAUAACCACUGAGCGGUCUGUGAUAGGAAACCACAGCAGGCCACAGAGUGUUUUGAACUUCCGGUGUUGAUAAAGCUAUUAGAAAAUGUACUGGAAGCAGAUUCAAUAUGGCGGCACAGCUAAGGGAGAACACCGGGGGUGGGCCAUGCAGGAAUAUCGUCUUUGCACUCAGAGAGCUGGUGAUUUUGUUGUCUUUCACUCCAUUUUCAUGGAGCUGAGCUCUGCGAGGUUCAAAAGGAGGAAAUAUCAGAAAACAAAUCCUUUCUUUGUUUUGUUUUUUUUAACUGAACACAAAAAUUAUAUAUAUUUCUGGCAGGAGAUGUGAUUCGGUUGCACAAGAACGACACUUGAAAACAUGUAAUGUAAAGUACUCCUUUUCUUAAUUUGGGGGAAGGGAAAUGAGGUUUUAAUUUGUCAGCUUUGUGCUCGAGAGACUGUUUACCAAUAAUAAUAAUCAGACAUUUAAAAUGUGAGUCAAUAUAUUUUUAAAACAAACAAGGUAAUGAAGAAGCCGCAUGAAUUGUUUUAGAGCUGACUCCCAGGGUGCUCAGCAGGCUGCCUCCUGGUUAUUGGCUGGCAAAGUUUGUAACCAGGUCGCAGCACUGACUGACUGAAGCCAAGUGGCAGCGAAAGCAAGGAGCACAAUUACUGGCAACAUAGCACAGAGAAUGCUAGACUCUGGGAUAAACAAAUAAUUAAUAAUAAUUAACACGCUAAUGGAAAUAUUUAUUUUGGGGAUGGGGCGGGAUUGGGCAUGUCCGCUGGGUUAACAUUUCUGAGCACUGAUUAUUUUGUUUUUUGCACCUUUGGCUAAAAUGAGCUGAAUUCUCGGUUGAGGUAAAUCAGCUUUGCUCCGUUGAGUAGCUGAGGAGCAAGAUUUCUGGGCUGAGUCCCUUGCAGUCAGUGGGGUUGUUACUGAGGAUGAAAUGUGGCCUCAUGGCCAGCCUUUAAAUGAUGUAAAUGGAGCUGCCAUCUACUCAUUGACUUCAGAUUUACACUAGCUUUGGAUCUGACUCCGUCUCUCCAGUGGGACCAUUCAGAAUUUUGAUUUUUUUAAAGAAUUGAAUGGAAGUUCUAGAAGUCAGGUAUUGCCCAUUUUUCCAGUGAACCUGAUUUUUUUCCCCUCUCUCUCAAACAAUUCAGUUGUUUUAAACAUGAAAACCUAUGUGCAAUAUAUUUUUUUCUUUUGGUACUUUUGCACAAAGCAAAAUUCAUAAGGAGUUGGUUGCCCUCCCUUGUAUUAGCGUCUAUUCUAUUCUUGAGCAUGUUUGUAACUGAUGAAUUGCCCCAUCAUUGGACAGUGCUAUGUGCAAAGGCUAAGAAAGAGAACCAAUGAUUUCUCUGAUUCAAACCUCAUCUAUUCUCAAACCAGGGGUCCCAUGCCUUAGAGAUGCAAAAUUGUUCAGCUGUGCACAGCUUUUCCCCAGCACCAGAAUCCCUGCUUUGAAAUUGUUUCCUAGUCAAGCGCUCUUCCUCCAGCCUUACGGCAUGUCAUGUGUCACUCCAUAUGGGUUCAGCCAUGCAGCAAGAGCACAGAACAAAUCAUAUGCAAUAAACAGGGCCCACACUGCACACAUUACAGGCUAUUAUUGAUUACCAACUGUUUGUUAUUCCAAAAGGCACAAAAGAUCAUGCCUCUACUUGCGUGGGAGCUUUUGCUCCCCGAGGGAAAGGCCAUCAGGGGCUCUCUGGCACUGCGCAGAGAAAGGAUCCAUCUCAAAUCAUUACUGGGCCUAUCAUUACCUGUGUCCCAGUGGCCUACGGUUCAUGUGGCCAGCUGUCACUUUCCUAUCUACUGAACUUCCCAGUGACAGCUUGUGGAGAGCUCAGAAACUCCAGCUCUAAAAAUCCAGGCUCCUGCUACUUCAAGUAAAAGAGAAACUCUAGUAGCUAUUGGCAGCAUAGCGCCUAUGACACACAGUUGCGCAGCUUUUAUUUUAGCCAACAGAGGGCAGUGGUGGGUGCACAGAACCACUAGCCAAUUCAUUUGCCGUAGUAUCCUGAUCAGCAAAAGAGGGAAUGAAAGGGAGGUGAAGGAGCUGAGAUACGGUCAUCAGCCAAAUCAUUUAUGACCCACACUCAGCUCUCGUUAUCUUUCCAGGGCAUUGCAAAUAGUAAUGAACGUAGCCUCCUCCAGUGCAUGCAAGGAGUUAAGUAUUGUCAUCCCCCGUGGCACAGAGAGGUUAAAGGACUUGCUCAAGGCCAUCGAGGGAGUUGGUGUCAGAGACAGGAUUAGUCCUGUGCUCAGACCACCUGUGUCUCUUGAGAGAGUGCCCACCUUUUCCUCAGCAGACCUGCUUCUCCUGUACCGCUGCGUUCUAAGCAUUGGCUGGAACAUGCAGCUUGGAUGGUAACAAUUAGCUCUAAAGAACGGGAGAGGUCACCGAAAUAGAGGUUACCUCUCCGGGGGAUUUUCCUCCAAGUACCAUUUCCUGGUACCAUUUCCAGCACCCGUUGGCCUUUCCAGCAGUGAUUGAAUGCUCCAUGCUGCUCACUCAAGGGGCUGCUUUAUUUUUGGCUUCCUCUAAAUGAUGUGCAGUCCUGCUCUGUGGGGAAAGGAGGAGAAAGCAUCUGCUUCUCCUUGACAAAUGUCAGCACUGCUGUGACUAUUUUCGGCUGGCCUAGCGCAUGGGCCUCCUGAAUUCUAAUCCCAGCUCUGCAAAGGACUUGAUGUGUGGCCUUGGGAAAGUCUCUUAAUAUGUCUCCCUGAUUCCAUCUGUAAAAUCAGGGCGCUGCAGAGGGGUGCUUGGAAAGAUUAGCUGUUUCAUGUGACUGUCUCCCGUGCUGCAGUGGUAGGGUUGCCAAGUUUGGUUGCAUGUAUGCCUGGAGGUUUCAUCACAUGACACAGUCUUUAAUUAAAGAUGAGUCUUUAAUUCCUGGAGACACCAGGACAGGAAUGGAGGGUUGGCAACUGUUGCAAUGUCACUGAUGUCAUGGGAACUCUGCAUUAGUGUAUGCCAGUGAGGAUGAGCAAUGUUUAUCCAGUGCCCUGAAAAUGUUUCAGAGCUGAGAAUUUGUCCCCUGUGUAACUGGAGCAUAUGGUCACACCAUCAGCGAUGGGCCUGGCUGCAUAGAAAUAUGGUCACACCUGCCCUGCGAAGCCCCAGGCCAGAGGCAGAACUUUUUUGUGUUUCUAAGGCAGAAAAAUGUAGAUGUGAUCCCACCCCCUUCCCUGCCUGGUUCCAGCUGAACCACACAACUUUCCUGUUUUGAUCCGAGGGACAGUUUUGGUGCCUGCUUCUUGAGCAACGGUGGGGAUGGGGGAGGGAGGGCAAGGAUCUUUCUUGCGGGCAUUAUUAAUUUAUUUUUAUUUUUUCUAAAAUGCUUUUUUGGGAUGGCUUUAGGUUCUUUUGAGAAAGAUGCACAACUUUGCUGCUGUGGGGUUCCUUUCGUAAUAUAUAUCGCGGUAAAUAUUUGUAUAUAAAACUGAAAAGAGAGAAAAAAAUAGAGAUGUCUUUAAGUAAAUUAUUGCUUUUAAAAAAAUAUUAUAUAAUUGUACAGUCCCACCUGGGAGAAUAGAAUAAUAUAUACAUAUGUAUUUUUAAACUACUGCAUAGGAAGAUGUGAACUAGCUUGUGGAAAACCCAUGCAGCCCUAGUGAAUUGAAUUUCAAAGACUUUUCCUCAGUCUUGUUCACAUGCCCUCUACCCCGAACAUCUCGCUAGUGAAGCGCUAGCUCUGGAGAGUAAUGUUAUAUAUAAUGUAUAGUUCUAGAGAAGGAACGUGCUGUUACAUAAUGUAUAGAUAUUUUUUUUUGCCUAACUGUGAGUGCUAUAGCUGAUCAGUCUUUUUACAACUAUCAGGGAACAAUAUAAGGAUGUCCCUACAGUUUCCUCUAGGCUAACAAAUAGUAUUAUUGCAGCAGAAUGCAAACAUUCAAAAAGAAAAGAAGCCAAACAAAGUCUGGGUAUUUGACAUUUGUAAAGAGGACCAUCUCCCCCCGACGGGAAGCCUGCGAUGCAAUGAGCUGGCUACACGCUAAGAGCGCUCUCCAUGUGCAUUGUACGUGUCGACAAGCCAGUCAUGCAAAAGUGGUUUGCUCUUAAAAGGGGGGGUCCUGGGUACGGUGGUGGAUGUGGCCAACCCAUUAAUGAAUUGGGGGUUGCCUUUAAAAGGCGUGGCCUUCUGAAAGGGAUGUGACACCACAUCGAAGGGCUGAAGUGGAAUAGGUCAGGAGCCACUGGAUGGAGUUACUCUGGUACGGGUACAUCUAAAGCAGAAUUUGCCAUGUGAAGAGAUACUCUAUCCACUUCAGUCCUGGUGUCUUCAGCCUGGAUUCCACACAAAUAUCAGCCCGACUCAGGGAUUUCCUGACAGGCCAAGCAAGACAGGAUUCUCCAUGUGAUUGGACAAUGUUUGAGCCAAUCUGUGCCAAGCUCUUUGUGUUUCUUUGGUUGGUGUGUGGGAUUGUUUUGUUUGUUUGUGUUUAAUUUCCUGAGUUCAGGGACAAGUAGGAGACCUUCAUAGCCAACCAGAGACCAACACCUUUCUGGAAAGGGCUUUUUGAGCAGAGCAGGUGAAGUGGUGGCUAGGCAGAACACCUGCCAGCCAUUUCCUUGAAGCUUAAAACCCUGGUUAUGUCUGGUUAACUCCCUGGUGUGACUCUUGGUCCUCAAGAGAAUCUUUGACGUCAGAGAUGGAAAAGACCCACCAAGUCCUCUCUGCAAUCCCCUCUGUAUAUAACGAACGCUCCCUUAGUCAGGGCUCGAGCUUUGGAAAAGAAUCAUUUUGAUUGGCUGGCUGGGACCCUGGGCCAGAUCCUGCUCUCAUUUCCGCUGGUGCAGCUCCAGUGAGGUCAAUCCAGUUGCACUAGUGAAAGCAGAAACUGGUCUCUAUCCUAAGAUCCCUGGUUCAAGAGCACAUUCCCUGCUUCCUCAAAAACAGCUACACCCUGAGGCUUUGCAGAAGAACAGCUGCUCAGCCUGCACUGGGGAAAUCAAAUCCCCAUCCCUCCCGCCCACGGGUUGGCAGAAGGUCUCCCGUCCCUCCUUAGCUAGUUUCUGGGUGACUCUUAGCCCAGCUUUCUCCAAAUGAUAAAUAAUUCAGCUGUUGCUUGCAUACUGGGAAUGGAAACUGUCGUGAUAAGCCUUAGCUGCUUCUUAUUUAAUCUAGUGCACUUAAUCUUUAGGGCUGGGACAAUCACUUACCUGUAACCUUUUGAGAUUCGGUGCCUGCUUGACCUUCAAACCUUUUGUAGGAGAUGAAUUCAAAGCCACCUUUUCUAUCUUUAAUAAGGCAGAACAAAUGUGUUUAUUUUUAAACUUUCCUGCUCUUUUCUUUUCACUUGUGCUGAAGACCAAAAGAGUCACUCCUCUUUUCCUUGCACUUCAAAAGGGAGCGCUGACUGAAGGAGUGAGUUUAUAGAGCAUGUGUAACAGAGGUAGGCCUAAAGCUCCACAUGUCUGAUCUGGAGCUGCCUCUCAAACCCCUCACAAUUCAGGGAUGCUGGGAUCUGGGGUGUGGCUUGUCCAGUUGUAGAAUUAAAGCUCAGCUGUGAUCUAGAGAACCUCAAACUCUCCAAAAUGUCAGGUGUAUUUAGAUCUGGAUAUUCGUUUUAGGCCCAUCUUCUAAUAACUACCAGUGCAGAAUCCUCUUUGAGUCCCCUGUUCGGCAAAGCGCUUGAGCAUGUCCGUAAAGUUAGGUGCGUGCUGAAGUGCAUUGCUUAAUCCUGUGGAUAUGCCAUGGGUGAAUCAGAGCCAUAGGGCCAACUCCUGAAGCCCUUACUCAUGCCUUCUCAAGCUGAUGUCAAUGGGAGUGUUGCCUGAGCAAGGAACAAGUAAGGAAAAUCCUGAUUUGGUCCAUCGUGAACCAUUUUCCUCCAAAGAGCGCAACCGGCAGAUGGUGAUGCACAUAGAGAAUUCGUUGAAUUUCAUGUUCCUCUGUUCUGAAAAGAGCUUCAUUGUCUGUCACUUAGCUGUUUCUCUGCUCCACUGUCUGUGUGCCUGCGUGGGUGUACCCUGAAAAGCCAAGUAGAACUUUUCUCCAGACCUCACUGCCUUUGACUGGUGCUUUAAUGGUCCCCCACUGACAAUGGAAUCUGGAACUGAUUCACCAGUGCCCUGAUUCACAACUGAGCCUUGUGGAGUCACUCUCACUAGUGCAAAGUGAGUGAACGAUACCACCAUUCUGACCUGGAUGCACUUGAUGCUCACUUUGCCCUGGGGUAGGGAUUUGUCUAGACAGUGUGGCAAUGUGCACUUCGAGGGAUCUGAAUUGUAAAUUGCACCAAUGUGUUAUGCACUAACUGGCCUGUAUGGACCCUGCUGGCAUGCAGGAAAUGUUCCCAAAGGCAUGUUAACAUAAUACAGUUUCAACAGUACUACGUCAAUGCGAACUUUCAGUGCAUACCAACAGAGUCAGCAUUGGCCAGUUACUGUGCAACACGUUGCUCUUUAGAAUUCACACCUCUCCAGUGAGCAUUGCUGUGCCGUGUAGACAAGGUGCCAGACACUGGAGAAUCAGAUACUGUAUGCUCAGGCAGGUCAGUUGCCAGAGAGCAUUUGCUUCCUGGAAAAUAAAAAUUAAGUGGUGAUAGAGUCCAUUCUUGGAGGAUUGUUUGUAUAUAUAGUGGUUAGAGACAUUGCUGGGCCUUCUGGGCAUAUCUGUAUUGUUUCCAUCAGCACUGUUUGUUAUGUGUUUCAGAUAUAUGUGACAGUAUACAUAUAGAAGUAAAAUGUAUUUCAUGUGACAAAACUGGCCAAUUUUCAUGUUCUUUUAAAUAUAUAUAGAUAUAAAAGUAUCCAAAAGAGAUAAAUAGCAUAGAGAAAAUAAUCUAAAUAUGUAACAAAUGUAUUUUGAUUUAUUUAAAAUAUGCUGUAUAUUUUAAAGAUCAUAAAAAAAUUGUCUGGUUGUAUCGUAUUUUAAAUAUAUUUUAUUGCCUUGUAACUUGUCACAUAUAUAAUUUAAAUGCGCAGCAAACAUGGUCAGACAUUGAGCAAAGAUCUGGUCAAACUAUGCUGAUCAGUAGGACGUUACAAUGAAGAGCAUCAAGCCAGUAAGAGCAAAGAGGGAAGAAAAGAUCUUAAUCCCUUCAUGGUUAGGUUUCCCUGCAUCCUCUCUGUAGUAGUAGAAAGCCCAAUGAUUGUGUGAAGCACUGAUCUCUCAUUGGAAAGUUGGCAUUCAGAGGUGAUGGAUCCAGUUCGUGGAGGAGCAGCUAAGGGAUUAAAAGGGGCUUGCUUGUGCUAACAAAACAAAAAUUCCCCAUGAGCUGAACAGAUCAAUCCACUUGCUGGUUUGACUGAGAUAGCAAAGUUUCAAGGGCUGGGUUUGGGGUGGGGAGAAGCAUUGUCAUGCUUCGAUGGCAGGAAGCUGAUGAAAUAUUUUUUGGGAUGUGAUGUUCUAAGUAUUUUAAGCUUUUUAGGAGACUGUAAAAAUGUGACAUUGCUUAAGAGAUCUUUAGAGCCACAGGGCCCAAUGAUGAUCUCAUUUACAGUGGUGUAAAUCAGGAGCAAUUCAAUUGACGUCAAUGAGGUUACACCAUUGUAGAACUGAGAUCAGCAUGGGGCCCUUCAAAACAAUAGGGAAAGGAGUUUCAGCCAACUCUUCUUUCCAUCGUGCUGGGAGGUUAAAAAUCUCCCUCGCUUUCAGCAGACACGGGGAAGGGGUCACAGGAAGAAUCAGUAGGGCGGAGAAGGGCAGCACAAUGCCAACAAAGAAAUGCUACUGAAACACAGAAGAGAACCUACAAUAGACUGGGUCUCGUACUAAGAGGAAAAGGUGUGGAAGCAGAGAGGAGACUGGGAAAUAUGUUUUGAGCCAGGACAAAAAUAGCCUAGCCGUGAAGAAGGCUGAGUCCAAAUCACUAUCCAAAAGUUUCUCCAGAGCAACAAUAUUCAUUGUCCCACAUGGUAGCAUCGAGGGACCAUGUGUCUGAAGUGUCCUUGAAUUCCAGUGGCUGCCGUUUUCAGAGUGCACUGCUUCCAUGAAAGGAUGUUACAUGACACUGUGUAUAGACUUGAGCUCUCAUGACAGCUCUCAAGAUCUUUUAGCAACAGACAGGAAAUAUGCUAGGAAGUAAAUAAUACAUAGAGAUUUAUUACAUGGUGGACACGACACUGGGUCAGCCAUUCUGGGUUUUCCUCUUAACUCUUGUAUAUGAGUGUUUUGGGGCCGGAGGGCACAGGGGUUGCUGAUCUGAUCUGGAGCCUUUGCCAAAUAGGUCAGAGAUCUGAAUCCAGGCCAGGUUAGUAGUGUCCACAAGUCAACAUGCUUAGAUGGAUGCUUGUUUAGUAGCCUAGUGAUUUCAGUCCAGUUCCUUAGUAGAGAGCUCUCAGCAUCACAAAAACCAUGGUCAACAGCUGGCUCUAAUCAGCAACCUUUUGAUUACCUCAACAGAAAGACCAAGAACACAAACAGUUCAAGGGCUGGAGAAAAUGCCUUGCAGUGAGAGAUGUAAAGCACUCAGACUCUUUGGCUUAUUAAAAAGAAAAUUGAGAGGUGACUUGAUUACAGUCUUCAACGAACUUCCUAGGGAGCAAAUACUGGGUUCUAAAAGGUUCUUUAAUUUGGUGGCAAAAAGCACUGUGAGACCCAAGGCUGGAAGCUGAAGCCAGACACAUUCUGAUUAGAAAUUAGGCACAAAUUUUUAACAGUGAGGCUGAUUAACCACUGGAACAAACUGCCGAGGGAAGUGGUGGAUUCCCCAUCUCUUGACGUCUUCAGAUCAAGACUGGAUACCUUUCUGAAAGAGACGCUUUAGCCAAAGACAAGCUCAGUACAUGGGUAACUGGGUGAAAUGUAGUGAUAGCCAGGAGGUCAGACUAGAUGAUCUAAUGGUCGCUUCGGGUUUUAAACUCUGUGACUGAAUCUAUGUAAACGAAACAGCAGCAGCCCCGGAAGGGAGAAGCGUGCAGAGCGGCCAGUGCUGUACCUCUGUUGUGGAUAAACUGAGAACUUCAGCCUCGGAUCUGGCACCCUUCAACAAAGCAAACAUCCACUCCAAAGAGCUCUGGGGCCGGCGCUCUGACUGUUUGCUUUUCUAUUUAAUCAUAAUGAAUAAUGAAGUUGCUUGCACUAUAAAAAACAUAAUUCCAAAUAAAUAGGCACCUGUCUUAAUAGCACAGAAGCCAGGAAAGCCCCAGAGAAAGCUCACACUUUGGACCCAACUCGUCCCCUUGCAUCUGGUUGGAGCAGGUGUCUCCGCGGCAUGGGGGUGACUUACCCAUUGAAGCAAAUGUGCUGCAAACACACACUCUGCAUUUCACUUUAGCGCUACAUUUCUGGGUCCUGGUGGGUUAAACCUGGACCCCAUUUCCCAAAGCGGAUGCACCAGUCGAAAGAUGAAUAUGCCUAUAGCAGCUGCAAAAGCUGGGUAGCUGCACGUCUAGUCACUUGUUUGGACUCCUAGCAGGCAGGGAAGUUAAUUUAACUGGAGAGGCACCUGAUUUGCAUGUUCAAUUGCAAGUUUCCACAGCAAAUGGGGGUGUGCGUGUGCAUGCAGCACAUGGGUUGUUGUGGGAGUGGCAGGUUCAUGCACAUCUUUUGCAGCCACAUCCACUGAGUCCUUGUUUGGUUCUUUUUUGUUUUCUCAAGACAGAUGUUAGUGGAUAUUAGGGUGACCAGAUGUCCCAAUUUUAUAGGGACAGUCCUGAUAUUUGGGGAUUUUUUUUAUAUGGACUCCUAUUACCCCCCACCCUCUGUCCCGAUUUUUCACACUCGCUAUCUGGUCACCAUAGUGGAUUUGCCUGGGAGGCUAGAUGGCUUAUAUCAGAGAACGUGGGUGAAAGGAAGAGAUUGAGUCUUUGAAGAAGGAUGAGGUCCUUGUUCUGUAGGAGACAACCUGUACCCCCAUUGUCACUCACGAGUGAGUAGACAAAAAGAAUUUCUAUCACCACAUCCAACUUGCCAAGCACCAUGGCCCCAGCAAAUAAAUUAAAUGCCUAUUAGCUGUUAUAAAUGUUGUGGUUUCUUAAAUAUGCUAAUAGGAAGCAUCUGUGUUCAAUCCAGUGAACCCUCAACACGUUUUGAAGGUUAAGAAUCUAAUUACAUUGCUGAUCAAAUGAAUGUUACAUGGCAGGCAGAGGCAUUUGGGGCUACUUAUUACGCCACCGGAAAACCUUUUUAACAAUCAAGGCUUGUUUGGCUGCUUAAACACUGACUAGGCGGAGAAGUUUUAUCUAUUUUCUAUUAAUCACCACCUUGCCCAAGUACCUUCCUACCUAGAUCACAGCCCGGCUUCAAGUAAGUGUCUAGUGCUAUUUAUUCAUGCACCACUAUUGGGUACACAUAGAACAAAGGAUCAGGGCCUGAUCCAGAGACGGGAGUCUUUCCAUUGUCUUCUAUCGAUUUUGGCUCCCAUCCGCAGUGAGUUUCAGACAGGCUGGAGUUCGGAUCAAUAUUGUUGUUGAUAGCAGGGAUGACAGGCAGGCAGCCAUUACUUGCUAAUAUAUUGUAACAUCAAUUGAUAUUUUUUCAAGCCUCUCCGUCCCUGGAGAUUCUGUUACUCCCAAGACAGAAGGGUUAUGCCCAGUGAAGGAUACUCAUGUGAUGCCAGGAACACACCUUAGCAUCAGUCCUGACAUCCAAGGGUAUAACAUGGGAAGGGUUAAACUGCAGCUUAUCUUGGCAUGCUCUAUCUCAUGGCCGGUUCACUGAAAGAGUGAGAAGGCAGAAGUGGCUGUGUUAAAGUGAACAGGCUGAUCAAAGAAAGCUCUGUCCUACAGCUAACUGCAGGGCAGGAUGGUAGAGUCCAGCAACAAGGGGAGAAGAUCUUUUGCUUUAAUCUGUGUUUAACUGUGUUGUCUUCCUAUGGGAAUUAUCAUCAGAGCCAAUUCUGGGGCUCUUGGACUUCGUGCACCAGACAAAGUCAUCCAGGAAAUGCCCCCUGCUAGACCAAGGUCACCGGUGGGGUGCGGGGAAUCUUUGUGGAAGGAACCUCACCAGGGAAAUCCACAACUGAAUUCCCGCCACCAGGCCUCACAGAAGGGAAGCUGGGGUUGCAGCUGAUGCAAAAGUCAGAUGCUUCUCUCAGUCACUCCAGUGUAAAUCUGGAGCGACUUCAUUGACAUGCACGGGAAUUCUUCUGGAUGCACCAGAGUGUGUCUGAGACAAGAAUCUGGCCUAACCAGCAGGCACGUAUGCUCAACAGCAUUUCUCUGACCAAAGCGUCCUGAGUUAAAUAAUAAUGAGAUAAUUAGUAACGUUGCACUUGGGGGUAGGGGGUUCAGGAGGGCAGGGAAUGAGGUUUAUUAAAUUUCUCCCUGUCUCGAGAUUGGCUCCCUCUGUCCAGCCUGGAGAUGGGUUGACGGUUGCUUGUUUACUGGGCACAGCUGUUUCAAAGAGAACACAAACCUUUUUGCCCCAGCCCUGUUUAUGUCUUUGCAAUGCCUUCUGGGAAGGCCCGAACAACCUGUUGUGUGAGGAUCUUUGUAUCUACCCUAGGGUCUGAUACCUCUGGGAUGUUCAAGGCAUGUCUCACAUGUGGUAACCAUAGUAACGCAUCAUCAGCUUCUCUCUGCUUCUACUGUCAAUUUUGUUUUUCCUUUUGCAUUAAGGUGGAACCUCCCUGGCUUUCUUUUUCUCUCUCGCUCUCCUCCCCUUCUACCUGCACUACCAAAGGCAAGAAAAACAGCCAGGGCUCGAAUCUCCAUUUCCUUACACUAGUUUUACCCUUGCAUAACUCUGCUCCUACUCGAGAUUUGCCCUGGUGUAUUUAAGAGGCAAAUCAGGCAAUUAGAGUCCUUUAUCAUGAUGAUAAAAACCUGGCAGCUUUAAUUUCUCCAUCCAACCUUAAGAAGCACUUAAGUAUGACUGGGACAUAAGUAAGGGUUUCCCUUACAUUUGUUGCUAACAGGUCACUGUCAGAGUAAAAAUCUUCAGUAAGCUUUUUCCUUGAAAAAGUCCCAUAUUUCUAUUAGUAAUACCCCUGUGCAUUAUUCAAAUGGAAAGAGUUUUAAACAUCUAAUUUAAUUCCCACCCUUUAAGUUCUUUGUUCAAUGCUCACAUUUAAUUUAGCUUAGAUAGAGAAAACAGAUGAGUCAGUUUCACUUUGUUUCUUGUCAGUUUUUAGUCAGUUUUGCUGACAGGUCCCCAGGAAUCAGCAAAAGGCUUCAAGGUUUGGGUCUGGUGAACUGAAGGGGGAGUGUUUCCUUGUUUAAGAAAAUCUGUCUCCAUUCCAGUAACUUUAAAAAAAAUGCAAUGGAAAUAUUUCUACUGGUCUUUAAGUAAAAAUUAAAUUUGGGCCAAAUUUGCCCUGCCAGUACCCCUUUCAAGAUAUCAGUGAAACAGUAGCCAAUCAGUUAUCAUGGAGGAUAAUUCCUGUGUCACUUACAAGUUGCCAUCCACUACUCCACAAAGUAGAUUCGAUGCCCUUUAGGGUUUUUAGUUUUUCCUUUUAGAAAGGGAAGAUUAUAAACAACCAAGUUAGUUAUGUUGGUAAAUGAAUGUUUGUGCACAGACAGCUGUUUUCGCCUCGUCUUUUUUUAAGG